AUGACAUCAUUAACAGGCCAGCUCUUCAUCUUUUACACAAUCAAGCGCUUCGGCCCCGUCGCCUUCACGAUCAUCAUGACCACGCGCCAGAUCUUCUCCAUGGCGCGCCCGCUGGCUGCCCCGCCCGACUACCCUCUGGUCAUCUCAAACUUCGCAUUCGGCCACUCGCUGGGCAUCAGCGGGUGGGCCGCCGCCAGCGUCGUCUUUGCGACGCUCUUCUACCGCGUCGUGUGA